CAAAACUGCGCCACACCUAAAGCGUUUCCCAAUCCAAGCAAAACAACCAAGGCAAUGGAUGUUUUUUCUCUCUCUCUCCUAUGCCUCUUUCUUCUCUUUCUCUCUUUCUCAGCACUGCACUUCAUCUUCCACAAGAAAACUGGCCCUUCCGGCGGAGCCCUCCCGCCCGGCAAGACAGGAUGGCCGGUAAUCGGAGAAAGUAUGGACUUUCUUUCCAGUGGGUGGAAAGGCCAACCUGAGAAGUUCUUCUUCGACCGCAUGGCCAAAUACUCGACCCAAGUCUUUAGAACUUCUCUUUUCAUGGAACCGGCGGCUGUUUUCUGUGGUGCCGCCGGUAACAAGUUCUUGUUCUCGAACGAGAACAAGGUGGUUCAGGUAUGGUUUCCCAGCUCAGUCAACAAAGUAUUCCCUUCUUCAACUCAAACAUCUUCGAGAGAAGAGGCCACCAAGAUGAGAAAAAUGCUACCCAAUUUUCUCAAAGCCGAAGCUUUGCAGAGAUAUGUUGGUAUGAUGGACGAUAUCGCUCGGAGACACUUUGCUUCACAUUGGGACAACAAAGAAGAAGUGAUUGUCUUCACUUUGGCCAAGAACUUCACCUUCUGGCUUGCUUGUCGUGUGUUUGUUAGCGUUGAAGAUCCAAACCAUGUCAAUAGGUUUGCAGAACCUUUCAAUCUAUUAGCUUCUGGGAUUCUAACUGUCCCUAUAGACUUGCCCGGAACGCCGUUUAACCGAGCAAUCAAGGCCUCAAACUUCAUCAGAAAGGAGCUUCAAUCUAUCAUCAAGCAAAGAAGAAGUGAUUUAGCAGAGGGAAAGGCAUCCCCAACACAAGAUAUUUUGUCACAUAUGUUGUUGACAAGUGAUGAAAAUGGCAAGUUUAUGAAUGAAUUGGACAUUGCUGAUAAGAUUUUAGGUCUGUUGAUUGGUGGCCAUGACACAGCCAGCUCUGCAUGCACCUUCAUCGUCAAGUAUCUUGCUGAGCUACCUGAGAUCUACGAGGGAGUCUACAAAGAGCAAGUGGAAAUUGCCAAGUCAAAAGCUGCGGGUGAAUUCUUGAACUGGGAUGAUAUACAAAAAAUGAAAUAUUCCUGGAAUGUAGCUUGCGAAGUGUUGAGGCUUGCACCACCCCUCCAAGGUGCUUUCAGAGAAGCCAUUACUGACUUUAUGUAUAACGGUUUCUCAAUUCCAAAGGGUUGGAAGUUAUAUUGGAGCGCAAACUCAUCGCAUAAGAAUCCUGAAUUCUUUCCCGAGCCUCAGAAAUUCGAUCCUUCGAGAUUUGAGGGUGCCGGACCUGCUCCAUACACAUUUGUGCCUUUCGGUGGCGGACCUAGGAUGUGCCCUGGAAAAGAGUAUGCCCGACUAGAGAUACUUGUUUUCAUGCACCACCUUGUGACCAAGUUUAAGUGGGAGAAAGUGAUUCCUGAUGAGAAGGUUGUGGUCAACCCCAUGCCUUAUCCUGAGAAAGGGCUUCCAAUUCGCCUCCAUCCUCGCAAAGCUUAAUGCAUGUAACUCCAUAUCUCAAUUGCAUGCAAUUAUCCCACAACAAAAUUAGCUAUGCAUGAGCGGAGUUUUUUUUUUUUUUUCGUGUACGUACUAUCAUGUUUUGCAAUUAAUGUUGUUCUUGUAUUUGUAUCCAAGAAUUCUAGUUAAGGCACGUACUUGGUUUUUUGUUGCUUUUGAAUGUUUAAUAACAUAAUGUACUGAAAAAAAUAAUAA